CUAGCCUCACUACAAUUGAACCCAUAAAGAACAUCAGCCACAGAGAGAUCAGAGAGAUCGAGAGAGAGAGAAAUGGAGAGGAAAACUCAUAUUCUAGUACUUCCCUACCCCAUUCCAGGACACAUAAACCCAAUGCUCCAAUUCUCAAAGCGCCUGGCCUCAAAGGGUGCAAGAGUCACAUUAAUCACUACCACCUCUGUUAGCAAGUCCAUGGAAGCCCUGCAAGAGAGCUCUGUCCACUUUGAGACCAUCUCCGACGGCUCGGAGGAAAGCGGGAAGCUGGAAAUUGUCGACGCACGACUCGAGCAUUUCAGCUCAGUAGUGUCACAAAGCUUAGCAGAGCUGAUUGAGAGACAAAACAGCUCCCAACACCCACCAAAACUUGUCGUGUAUGACUCAGCCAUGCCAUGGGCUCUAGACGUAGCAAGGCAACUUGGCGUUGAUGGAGCUCCAUUUUUCACUCAGUCUUGUGCAGUUAAUGUAAUUUAUCAUCAUGCUCAUCAAGGAACCAUACAAAUACCCUUGCAGACGCCUUCAGUAUCCUUACCCUCCAUGCCAUCACUAGGGUUUAAUGAUGUGCCUUCGUUUUUCAAUGAUACAGCCUCCUCCUAUCCUGCUCUCUUCAAAAUUUUAAUCAAUCAAUUCUCAAAUUUCCACAAAGCCAAUUGGAUCUUCUGCAACACUUUCGACAAGUUGGAACAAGAGGUGGUGAAUUGGAUGGCAAGCCAAUGGCCAAUUAAAACAAUUGGACCGACUAUUCCAUCAAUGUUCUUAGACAAGCGGUUGGAGGAUGACAAAGAGUAUGAUCUCAACCUCUUCAAGCCUAAUGCAGAUGUUUGCAUGAAGUGGCUAGACACGAAGGAAAUUGGAUCUGUCGUUUAUGCAUCAUUUGGAAGCUUGGCAGCCCUAGGAGAAGAGCAGAUGGAGGAGUUAGCAUGGGGCCUGAAGAAUAGCAAUUGCUACUUCUUAUGGGUAGUUAGAAAAUCUGAAGAGAACAAGCUUCCCAAUAAUUUUUUACAGGAAACAGCAGAGAAGGGGUUGGUUGUGACUUGGUGCCCUCAACUAGAUGUAUUAGCACACAAGGCAAUUGGGUGCUUCAUGACUCACUGUGGAUGGAACUCGACACUUGAGGCACUGAGCUUGGGAGUGCCAAUGGUUGCGAUGCCACAAUGGACGGAUCAACCAACUAAUGCCAAAUUCAUUGUGGAUGUUUGGAAGGUAGGGGUUAGGAUUAAACUGGAUGAAAAAGGCAUUGUGACCAAAGAAGAAAUAGAGCUGUGUAUAAGGAAAGUAAUGGAGGGGGAGGAAGGGAAAGAGAUGAAAAAAAAUUCAAUGAGAUGGAAGGAAUUGGCUAUAGAAGCUGUAGACGAACGUGGAAGCUCAGAUAAAAAUAUAGAGGAGUUUUUAGCAAAACUUGCACACACGCAAUGUUAAUGUAGACAGUUGCUCUACAUUUCAAUAAUGUAUGAUUUUACUAUUUUAUUUCAUGCACACUCCUGAUGCCAAUGUAAGCAGAAGCUCUAUAUUUGAAUAAUGGUCGAGAAAAUGUAUGAUUUUACUAUAAUUUUAAUGGUU